CAAUAAGUGAACUAGUCAGACGAAAUGUAUCAACUUGUAAUUGCAUUUAUUACUUCUCUAUUGUUGACAGUCGUGGCAUCAUUGCCCACAAAUUCUAAUAACUUAAUAGAUCCUGAAAUUCCAACUGAUUCUGAAGCUGACAAUUUUUUGGAUAUCGAUAAAUUUGCCAAUAGCACCGCGUUUACGGUAGUUGAAAACGGUACAAAUCUUCGUUAUACGUUUGGAAAACGUGUUAAAUCCGAUCGCCUUGUUUCCCAAAAUACUGAAACAAAUUAUUGGCCUACACCACAAAAUGUCACUCUAAUAUUACAAUACCCGGGUAGUGGACAGGGUGCAAUUAUUACAUUUGUUGAAGUUGUUGUCAAUCAGAGUUCUAAUAUUGGAUUAGCUCGCGUGAUAGCAGGUGGAAUUGGGAAACGCUUCAUGGCGACCAUAGUUGAAGGCAAUAGAACGUUUUGGUUUAAUUACUCCGCACAUAUAUAUGGAAUUUGAUAGUUUAAAUAUAAACAAAAUAAUAUUGCAAUUACUUUCUUAAUUA